CGCCAUGUCCCACAAUGCUGCUGCCGCACCAGUCCGGAAGUAAGACGUUUAUUGACAAUAUGGCCGCUGUGCUGGGUUUGGAUUUGGCGAAAACUGGAAUUUGACAGCACCCGCCGGGCUGAGACAACAACCCAUUCCAACCCCGGGAGUGUACGGAACCGAUGCAUUUGAAUGAAGGGACCCGCGGAUCCACGGGAUGGUGUCAGUGAGCUGAGGAAACGGUCACAGCGUGAAACCCGUCAUGUCGUUUUUCAAGAGGAAAGCCAAAAGCAAAGAACCAGAGAGAGUGACGGACAUUAAAGCCAACAGAGCAUCACCCAGCCCCCACUCUCCAUCAGGAGCACUGAGGAACCACCAUGCCGUCCAAGAAGCUGCCGGGCCCAGCCAUGUGGCCAUCAACGCCAUCUCCGCUAACAUGGACUCCUUUGCCCGCGGUCGCACCGCCAUCCUCAAGAAACAGCCGAGCCACAUGGAGGCUGCGCACUUUGGAGAUCUAGGUCACUCCAGUGUGAACUAUCACCCCCAGGACGACCGCUCUCGGCUGUCCAGGACAGUGGAGCAUGUCCUCCGGGACAACGUGGCGAUACCCCACUACUUGCAUUUCAUGGAACUCCAGGGCGCCAUCCACCUGGUCCGGUUCUGGCUGGAGGCUGAGAGCUUCCGCGCCGCCAGCUGGUCGCGGGUCCGAGCCCACAGCCUGAACUCUGUCAAGCAAAGCUCUUUGGCCGAGCCCGUACCCGCCUCCCCCGGCGGCUCCGAGCCGGCCCAGCACACACCCAACACUCUCGCCCGGGACGCCAGCAGCGAGCGGCCGGCGGUGCCCUCGGAGCGGCGGGACUCCUCCAGCGCAGAGGCGGGCUCGAGACCCGGCACUCCUCGAGCAGACACCCCCAGCAGGCAGGCACCCUCCAGGACGGGGACUCCCCACAAGGUGCCGUCAAUCAGCACCCUGCGGGACCUCUCUGACCAACUCAUGAAAAGUAUAGAGAAAGAUGCUGUUACAAUCUUCACCAAGUACAUCUCUCCGGACGCUGUGAGGCCCAUCCCCAUCACAGAACAGAUAAGAAACGACAUAGUUGCUAAGAUAUGUGGCGAGGACGGCAUGGUGGACCCAAACUGCUUUGUCAUUGCACAGUCUGUAGUCUUUGCCAUCUUGGAGCAACAGCACUUUAGUGAAUUCCUGCGGAGCCAUCAUUUCUGUAAAUACCAGAUCGAAGUGUUGACCAGCGGCUCAGUAUUCCUGGCUGACAUCCUGUUCUGCGAGUCGGCUCUCUUCUACUUCUCUGAGUACAUGGAAAAGGAGGAGGCAAUGAAUGUACUGCAGUUCUGGCUGGCGGCAGACAACUUCCAGAACCAGUUGGCAGCUAAAAAGGGCCAGUAUGACGGCCAGGAGGCUCAGAACGAUGCCAUGAUCCUCUACGACAAGUAUUUUUCACUCCAGGCCACCAACCCUCUGGGCUUUGGCGACACUGUGCGGAUGGAGAUCGAGUCGAAUAUCUGCCGAGAGGGGGGGCCGCUCCCCGACUGUUUCACCACACCACUGAGGCAGGCCUGGACCACCAUGGAGAAGGUCUACAUGCCGGGCUUCCUGUCUAGCAACCUUUACUACAAAUACCUGAGUGACCUCAUCAACUCGGUGCGGGCGGACGAGUUUGUGAAUGUCAGCGCUGCAGGCCAGGGCGGUCCCACGGACAACGAACGCUCGAGUUCAAGUGCCGGCGAGGCCUCGCAGUGUCAGCAAGGGGCCAAAAGGGCUGCGAUCAAGAUCCUGAAGAACUUUGACGAGGCGAUCACGGUGGACGUGGCCAGCCUGGACCCGGAGUCCUUGUACCAGCGGCCCUACGCUGGAAGGAUGACGUUUGGGAAGGUGAAUGAGAUGGGCCAGUUCAUCAGGGAGGCAGAGCCAGAGCCGGACGUGAAAAAAUCUAAAGGCUCGAUAUUUUCUCAAGCCAUGAAGAAAUGGGUCCAAGGAAACACGGACGAGGCCCAGGAGGAGAUGGCGUGGCAGAUAGCCAAGAUGAUCGUCAACGACGUCGUCCACCAGUCAAAUCACGACAGCCCCGGCAAGGCCACCAAGUUAUGACCCCACUGAGGACCCAGAGGGCCGCCGCUCCUUUCCGACGCUGGCCAGGCACAUGGCAAACUGUACCAAGGGUCGGCCAUACAAUGACCCGCAUCACUCUUGAGAACGAAACAAGGCAUUUCAUCAUGCCCUCCCCCCACCCCCAUCAUCCCUCGUAUUUUUCUCUGUGUACGUUGAGCUUGGGAGUGAGUGAUUGUUCACGUGUGGAUUAUUGGCGGGGGAUGGGUGGAAGUACCCCGUGGUUCCAAUCUUCGAACUCCAAAACACUCCAAAGGUACGCGUGUAGUUGACCAAAGGUAAAGCCAUUCAGACGAGAGGAACACAUGGCACACACACACACACAAAGAAGAAGCUUGUCGUCAUGGAGAGCACCUACAGAGGACCUGACAUUACCCCCACACCUCCCUCAUGACACAGCUCCUUUUCUCACAAUUCCUUGUUUUUAGAUGAAAUUCUCUCUUUGGGUCAGGCUGACGUAAGGCUGAAGCAGAUGGUAAUCGGCGCUGCACAGUUUUGGGCGGGCGCCUCACUCGGCCCACCCGGAGCAAGGUUGGCUGCAGACGUUGGCUGGCGUGAGCUGCACCGCCACUUGGCCGUUUGUUUUCUGUACUGUGGAAGAGUUUGGAAAUGUGAGAAUGACAUGAAAGAAGCGAUGACUCAGCCCCUCAGACUGACUGGCCUCCCAUUUGAACCUCCCGGAACCUUUUUAAAAGAGCGUAGAAGAAUAAAUACUCCCUUGAUGAACUGAAGUGCUCCAAACUCCAUGUCCUUAAUGUAGAUUUUUCUGGUUUAUACCAUAUAUUAAAGUGUGUCCUUUUUUUUAUAGUCAUGGCUGUAUUUUUUUUUGAAUGCAUCUGUAAAACAAACAUUGAUGAAGGACUGUUCAACUGGAAAGUGCUCAGUGAAUACAUUUUACUUUUUUAUUUUUUAAUAAAUAAUCAUUUUCCUUAGAGCAUUACCAAUAUGUGGAAAAGAACCAGAAAAGACUCUUGGUACUAUGUACCACUAAUGUUUUCUGACAUGUAUGUAUGUGUACUUAAUCUAUAAUAUAUUUAAAUUGUGUUUGAUUUAAAUACAUAUAUUAUGAAAUGUU